AUCAGUCGAGUUCCAUCUUCUCAGAUACAACACAUUCAUUCAGUUGAAAACAAAUCGUCGGCAUGGUUUCCAUCCGUCUUACUUUCGCUCUCGCUAUUAUUAUGGUAAUCUUCAGCAUAAAUGCUGCCUACAAAAAACCACCCUUCAAUGGUAGCAUAUUCGGAAAACGAUCUAAUACUGUGACUGAUUACGAAUUUACCAACCGUGCUCUGUCAGCUAUUUGUGAAGUCGCCAGCGAAACAUGCACCGCUUGGAUGUCUCGCCAAGAAUCCAACUGAGGAUGAGUAACCGACCGAGAUGAUUCGCCAUUUUCCCCGACUGAUCAAACAAUGAAAUAAUGUAAUUAAUCAAACUCCUGUAAAGGCACUAAUAAUCGUGUGCUUGAAAGCCACACUGUUCUCUAUCAUAAUAGUUGCAUUACGCCCUCCUCCCCAUAUCUAGUUGUAUAAUAUUUAAACAAUAUUAAUCAUAAUAUUACGUUACAUUAUAUUUAAUGUAUUUACAAUUUAAAGUUCCAUGAAUUAUGUUCACUAAAAGCAUCAUAAAUAAAAUAUGAUGAUUUCUGAAGCUAA